GUUUUCAGAGCAGCUAUUAAAGAAAUUUGAGACAUGGCACGGUAGUGGAGUGAGCCGGGAGUAGAGUGGAGACCUAAGGGCUUUGGCUCAACGGGCUUCGGCAGAACCGGGUGAGGCGAGGAAGACCGGAGCUGCAGAGCUCUCACAGCUAGUUGCUUGGUAAGUAUUGGUAUCCUGCUUCCUUUUACACUUAUAACUUUAAAAGUACUGUUAAAUAGUGUGAUAGUUAGCUGUAUUGGGGCAAAGGGUUCUUGCAUAACUAAUACUAGUACAUUAAAUUAACUAUAUAGCAUGGAGCAGGUGAUGUGUUACUGCUGCGAGAUGUGGGAACCGGUAGACCCCAUUGAGGGACACGGCGACUACAUUUGCAGCAAGUGUUUGUUGCUCGAGGAACUCCAGCUUCAUAUUGAUGAGCUGCAGUCCGAGCUUCAGACACUGCGACACACCAGGGAGGGGGAGAGUUACCUGGACUCUGUGUACCAGGAGAUAGCCACACCUAAUAGAUUAACUAGUAUAGAUUGCAGUCAAGCACAAGAUGGUGUGGCUAUGAGUGAGGAAAGUAGGGGAAUCCAGGAGGUAGGGCUGGAGGAGAUGCAGGCCUUGCUCUUGUCCAACGGAUUCGAAGCUUUAACUCCCUGUGAGGGCAGGAGCGGGGACUGUGGGGAGGAUGAGCAACCUGCCCAUAGCACCAUGGAGUGGGGGGGGGCAUUCCAGAGGGGGGAGUCAAUAGAAAUGUUGUAGUAAUAGGGGACAGUAUCGUCAGGGGGAUAGAUAGGGUUCUCUGCAACCGAGAGCGAGAGUCCCGAAGGCUAUGUUGCCUGCCUGGUGCCAGGGUUAAGGACAUCUCUUCUGGGCUGGAGAGAAACUUGCAGUGGGAGGGCGAGGAUCCAGUUAUCUUAGUACACAUCGGUACUAAUGACAUAGAUAGGACAAGGAAGAAGGUUCUGUUACAGGAAUAUGAGCAGCUAGGGGUCAAAUUAAAAAACAGAACCUCAAGGGUAAUAAUCUCUGGAUUAUUACCUGAGCCACGAGCAAAUUUGGCUAGGUUAAAUAAAAUUAGGGAGUUAAAUGCGUGGCUCAAAGACUGGUGUGGGAGAAGUGGGUUUUGCUUCUUGGGACACUGGCACCAGUACUGGGACAGGAGAGAACUGUUCCAGAGGGACAGGCUUCACCUGAACCGGGCUGGGGUUAGUGUCCUGGUGAAUCAUAUAACUAGGGCUGCAGAGAGGUCUUUAAACUAACUAGUGGUGGGGAGGAUUCUAGAGAGCAAAUAAUUAAAAAGACAAUGGAGAAGGUAAUGGAUGUAGGUAAAAGUGGAGGAAUAAAAAGACAAGUGUGUCAGGAGGGGAAAGAAUGUACGGAGAUAAGCUUAAAGUUGUACAAAAGGAAAAGGUAGGAAAUAAGUGUCAAACAUAUUUGAAAGUCCUUUAUUUGAAUGCACGUAGUAUUAGGAAUAAAAUUGAUGAGUUGACGGUACAAAUAAUUACGUAUGGUUAUGAUAUUGUGGCAAUUACGGAAACAUGGUUGCAGGGUGACCAGGACUGGGAAUUAGACAUACAAGGGUAUUCGACAAUUAGGAGAGACAGGCAAGAAGGAAAAGGAGGUGGGGUGGCUAUGUUAAUAAAGCAAGGAAUCACUGCAAUAAAGCGAAAUGAUAUUGGCUCAAAGGAUCAGGAUAACGAAACAAUUUGGGUAGAAAUAAGAAAUAGUAAAGGGAAAAAAGCAGUGGUGGGAGUAGUCUAUAGGCCUCCAAACAGCUGUAACUCAGUUGGUCGGAGCAUAAAUCAGGAAAUAGUUGGGGCUUGUAAUAAGGGAACAGCUAUAAUUAUGGGGGAUUUUAACUCUCAUAUUGACUGGACUAAUCAAGUUGGACACGGCAGCCUUGAAGAAGAGUUUAUUGAGUGUAUUCGGGAUGGGUUCCUUGAACAAUACGUUACUGAGCCGACAAGGGGGCAAGCAGUCUUAGAUCUAGUCCCGUGUAAUGAGACAGAACUAUUAAAAAAUGUCCUAGUAAAGGAUCCCCUUGGAAUGAGUGACCAUAACAUGGUCGAAUUCCAUAUUCAAUUAGAGGAUGAGAGGGUUGGAUCUCAAACAAGCGUACUGAGCUUAAAUAAAGGAGACUAUGAUGGUAUGAGAGCGGAAUUGCUUAAGAUGGAUUGGGAAAAUAAAUUAAAGGGUAGAUCGGUACUUGAUCAGUGGUGUAUAUUUAAGGAGUUAUUUUACAACUAUCAAGAAAAAUAUAUUCCACUGAAGAAAAAAGGGUGUAAAAGAAAUAAUAGUUAUCUGUGGCUAAGUAAAGAAAUAAAGCAAAGUAUACGACUAAAAAGAAAGUUAUAUAAGGUAGCUAAAUCUACUGGGAAGAUUGAAGAUUGAGAAGCUUUUAAAGAUCAGCAGCAAAUAACAAAAAGAUUGAUUAAGAAGGGGAAGAUAGAUUAUGAAAGUAAAUUGGCGAAAAACAUAAAAGCAGAUAGUAAGAGUUUUUAUAGUUACAUGAAAAGAAAAAGGGUGGCUAAAGUAAAUGUUGGUCCCCUAGAAGAUGAGACCGGGAAAUUAAUGGUAGGGGACAUGGAGAUGGCGGAAACGCUGAACAAAUAUUUUGUAUCAGUUUUUAUAAUAGAGGACACUCAAAAUAUCCCAACACUGGAUAAAUAGGGGGCUCUAGGGGUAGAGAAGCUA